AUGCCGGAUGAUAUGGAGGGGACUACUGAGCUUACUGGAUUCGCCAGUUGGGAGAUUACUGAGGAGCCGCAGUCGCUCAACCAUCCUCUUCGCGUUUCGCCUCACGGGCCUCGCACCGGCCUCAAGCGACGAUGGAAUCUGAUGAAGCUGCAACCCACUUCCUGCGAGAUAUCCGGGCACAGCAGCUUCCAAGUUUCGGACAGCGAGUCUAAUGGUCUUGCUUUUAUGUUCUUGGCUUGGUCUUACAUCCUCUGCGUGUUCUUGCUUGAAGAGCAGCGCAUCCCUGUUAUCUAUGAGGAUGCAGCAGCCCCGUCUGGUGAUGAAACGCCCACGAGCAAUGAAUUUAUUGUAGACCUCGGUGACGCUAGCAAUGAAGAAUACCGCUGGUGGUCUACUCUUCUCUCUCCUGGCCAAGGAUGGAAGGCUACCCGCUUUGGGCAUCCAGUGUGGGCUGUUUCGUUUACUGGCAAUGUUAAAUUCAAGAUCACAUACCAGCGCAGCGCUUCACAACCAUCUGGGGAAAUAGAAGAGAUCAAGCCUCCGACAAGCAAAGAAGCAGCUGAGUUCCUUUCUCGAUUUGCGUCCUUGUACAAUCUAGAAAGCCAGGCUGUGUUGGGCCUCGCGAUGGCGCUGAUUGUGCCCCUUCAUCAGAAUAUGUCAUCAACUAUACACAUCCCAAAGCCACAUCUCGCCAAACCAAGUACGGUUUCUCUGACAUCCAUCAUUGAUAAGGAGUUUCGCAACCUGUCUUACUAUAUGGCUCUCAGCUCCAAUCCCACUUUCGUGGCUUCGGCUCUUUGGUCCGUCUUUUGGGAGCCCGAAGUUGACUGCAAUUUGGUCACCCCCUGGUUCGAUCCAAUAAUCGAUGUCCUUCUGCCCUUGAUUGAAGAUGAGAACCUUGAGAUGGUGGGUCAUAUGCUAGCACUUAGAAGGCCUGGUGUCGCCCCUCUAUGGUACGGAUUGCUUGCCUGUGGCACUACAGAGACCGUCUUGGCUAUUGUUCCCUACCUCAAGACGCUCAACACUCGCGUGCCUACAAAGCUCAUGCCCGAAGUUGCGGUUUGGACCGACUCACCUCAGUCAUUCAUGGAUCUGACUGGAUCCGGGCCUUACCUACAAGGGAGCCAGAUCUCACGGGCUGACGCGUGGCGACUUCGGCACGAGUGCUGCAAUGCUUGGAAAGAUGGCGCUCAUUUUCGUUAUCUUCCAACUACUCCAUUUCGCCCUUUUGGCUCCAUCAAUGGCAAUGAGCUUGAAGUCGUGGUACGCAAGCAUCUCGAAUGCUCGAGACAUCAAUGGACGUACAAGGGAUUCACGUGGGUACUAAGGACCAAUGUUACGUUGCUCCAUGAACCUCGUGUAUUGACCACACCCUGGACUGAUUUUGAAGAAGAUUCGGUCAUUCAACCACCCCGAAGAGAAUCAGUAGACCCAAAUUAUGAGCCAGAUCACGCAGCGAGCCAAAGAGCCGUUGGCGAUAUGUUCCGAUGGGCUGCUACAGAGAUGGAGGCGUCUGGGAAGCACAUUUACUCCCACCCUUGGGUCGAUAUAAAUUCUCAUUUCGUACAGGCUGAGAAGGCAAAAAAGCGCGGGAAUAAAGGGAUGAUGCGCCUGUCGGAGCUGUUGAUGGAGAGAGUCAAAGAGUGGAAUGAGAAUCGUGAGGACGAUGAGACGGUUGUUGGUGCUGGAGAAGUUUAG